GCCGGCGAGCCCAGCCUGGUGCCACGGUCGAUGCCAGGACCCGGAGCUGCCGUGGGCCGGUAGCCAUCGUCGGGGCUCAGCCCUGGGUUCCCCUGUCAUGAAUAUUCAGCCGUGGCGUGGCCCGGCCCCGCUGUUUGCUCAGGCAAGGAGGGGUUUGGUCGCGGGUUCACCUUGACGGGGGAGCAAACGGGCAGGUAGACGGCACCUGCCUGUGCAACCGCGAUCGGAGCCGUCCCGGCACCCCCCUGGGGACCCCCGGGCUGGGCGGAGGCGUGGGAGGCGCAGGGAUGGCCGAGAGCCACGGCUGGUGGAAGCUGACCUUCCUGCGGAAGCGCCGGUCGGUGCCCACGGUGCUGUACGAGAGCCCCGACAGCCACGCUGCCACGGCCGGCGAGAGCCCGGAGGGGCCGGGCGAGGAGGGGCCGCCCGGCUUCACCGCCCGCCUGGAGAAGAUCGUGGACAAGAGCAGCAAAGGCAAACACGUCAAGGUCUCCAACUCGGGACGCUUUAAGGAGAAGAAGAAAGUGCGGGCGACGCUAGCCGAGAACCCCAACCUCUGCGCCGCCAGCGAGCGGGAGGAGAAAUGACCCGGCCGGUUGUCACCCACCGGCCACCACCACUGGCUGCCCACGCCGGCUCAGUUCCAUCCCUCCCGGGGACACCAGAGCACGGGGCUUCGGAAGGAGGAAGGACUUGGACUGGAGUUUAUUUAAGGGAGAAGCAAGGACCCUGUUUAAUCGCAGCCCCUGGGGCUCAUGGCACCCCGGGGGCAGAGGGAGAACCGGGGAGCAGAGCCCAGUGCAGCCCGUCCCUCCUAGCUCCCCCUGGGCAGGGGGAGCCCCCCCGAGGCUGACUGGUUCAUGCUGGGAUGAGGAUGCUCACCCCAGCUCGGUCGCUUGCCGUGGACCACCAGACUCCAUCGUUCACGCAGCUUUGCCCUGAUCCCAAUCCCCUCCUUCCCAUCACUCCUGUGGGAUGUGGGGGACCCCCCCCCACCACUCCUCUCCCAAACCCAAGGGGCUGCAGGCAGAGCCCCCCAACACCACGUCCUUGCCAGCAGUCACUCCCAAACCAGGGGAUGCGACGCUUCUCUGCCCCGAGGGAACGACCCUGUGGGCAAAGUCGUCCCCCCACCUCCCCGAGCUGCCUCCACACGGGGACCUUGGGGGGCUCUGGGCUUCCCGGGAGGAGCCGUAUUCCCACUCGCAUCCUGGAAUCGCUCCCUGCUCCCGGAGGGAGAGAGCCCAC